GCCAAAGGUGGGAACAGCGGAAGGAGGGGACGUGCUGAGUUUUAAAACAAACAGUGACUUCGUUAUUUUAAUCACUUAUUUUUCAGGACAGUGAGUAGAAGCUAACAUUAAUUCUCGUAACGUUAUAAGGUCUUCAUUCUUGGGAUUCAGGCAGCAAUGGAGGCCGUUCCGCGAAUGCCAAUGAUUUGGUUGGAGCUAAAAGAAGCCGGAGAGUUUCGGUUUAGUUCUGUGGUCCGACAGUACAUCCAGCAGAACUACGGUGAAAAGCCAGAGAACUACAAUGAAGCACUGAGGAAACUGGAGCAGCUCAGGCAGAGUACAAUAAAUGUUCCAAGGGACUUUGAAGGCUGCAACACUCUCAAGAAAUACUUUGGCCAGCUGCACUAUCUGCAGAGUCGUGUUCCCAUGGCGAAGGGACAGGAAGCAGCUGUAUCAGCUACAUGGAUUGACAUCUUUACAGGAAAACAAGUCACUCAUGAUGACAUCAGCUAUGAACAGGCCUGUGUUCUUUAUAACCUGGGUGCUUUGCAUUCUUUUCUGGGUGCCAUGGACAACAGGGUGUCUGAGGAGGGGAUGAAAACAUCUUGUACCCAUUUCCAGUGCUCUGCAGGAGCAUUCGCAUAUAUCAGAGAUAAUUAUAACUCCAGCUUCAGCUCAGACAUAAGCCACCAGGCACUGUGCAUCAACAUCAGUCUAAUGAUGGGACAGGCGCAGGAGUGCCUCCUGGAGAAAACUUUGUUGGAUAACAGGAAGAGCUUCCUGAUCGCGCGCAUUUGUGCCCAGGUGUGUGACUAUUAUAAGGAGUGCCUGAGGAUGCUGGGAAGCUCAGAUUGUGGCUCAGGGAAGAGGGACUGGAAGAAGCUUCUCUGUAUGAAGAUUAGCUACUUCGGUGCCAUCACAGAUUUACACAUGGGCAAGCAGAGCGAGGAACAGCAAAAGUGUGGAGAAGCAGUUGCAUAUUUCCAGAUCUCUCUGAACAAACUAAAUGAAGCUAUUAAGCUAAGUAAGGGUCAACCAGACUCCAUACAGCAGGCUCUGAGAUUUUCUAUGGAUGUCAUUGGUGGAAAGUUUAACUCUGCUAAGAAGGACAAUGACUUUAUCUACCAUGAGUCUGUUCCCUCGCUGGACACUCUGACUGCAGUAAAAGGUGCUUCCCUUGUGAAACCUCUCCCUGUGACCCCAGCUGACCCCAAUGUCACUGGUCCUGACCUUUUCUCCAAAUUGAUUCCUAUGGCGACUCAUGAGGCCUCCUCACUCUACAGUGAAGAGAAGGCCAAACUGCUUCGUGAAGUGAUGGCACAGAUUGAUGACAAGAACCAGAUCUUAGAGAGGUUCAUGGACUCUCUGAGCUUUGACUCUGUGGAUAAUUUGGACACGUUCAACUCAGUGCCUCCUGUGUUGUUGGAGAAAUGUGCAGGCCUCAGUGUUCGUCCAGAUACAGUAAAGAGUCUAGUCCAGGCCAUGCAGGCUCUGUCUGGGGUGUACACUGAUGUGGGAUCCUCUCUGGAAGAAGCCUGUCAUGCCCUGGAGGAGGACGAGGCUGGGGAGAAGACCCUGGUGUGGGUGGAUGGGCAGAAUGAACACCCUGGCAGACCUGCCGCACUGCAGGAGCUCCAGAGAGAGCUGCAGAAGUACAAGGAGGCCCAUCAGACAGCCAGCCACACCAAUAUGGAGCUGCAUCAUGCCAUGAACCAGCAUGUCCCCAACCUGCGCCUCCUCCAGGGGCCCCUUGAGCAACUGAAGAGCAGCCUGCCCCAGCCACAGCUGAGCCAGGAGGACAUGUCAACUUUGGAGGCCAUGAAACGGAUACUUGGUAAAGUUAAUGACAUGCGUAAGCAAAGAUUGUCACUGGAGAAGCAGCUCCGUGACCUCAUUCAGAAAGAUGACAUCACAUCUGUCCUGGUGACCACAGAACGUUAUCAGAUGAAGGCCUUGUUUGAGGAGCAGCUGCAGAAGUAUGAGCAGCUGAAAGGAUUCAUCAUCCAGAACCUUGCAGCCCAAGACAACAUCCUGAAAGCCUUGACUGAGGCUAAUGUGCAGUAUGCCCCUGUCCGCAGGACAAUAACCAACACUGAGCAACAGCGGAAGAGCUCUGUGCAGGCUCUGGUGGCCUCAUAUGAUGCAUAUGAGGACCUAGUAAAGAAGGCUGAGGAAGGUCACAAGUUCUAUCAAGAUUUGGAGAAAAAGAUAUCCAAUUUGCUGGACAGAGUCAAAGCGUUCUGCCAGAAGAGAAAAGAAGAAAGAAUUGCAUUUCUGGAGAGGGAGGUAGGAAAAGGGCCUCCUCCUAGACCUGCUCCCCGUAAGCCAAUGCUUGGUAACAAUGCCCCACCCUCCUGCCCUCCAGGGGGAGCUCCUUUUCCUAACCAGAGGAUGCCACAGUUUGCUCAGCCUCCUUAUGGCCACACUUCAGGUGCCACCCCACCAACUGCACCUCCUCAGGCUCCUGGCCCAGGUUAUGUCUUACCACAGCAGUUCCAGCCUGGUCCAUCCAGAGGCAUCACACCUGUUCCUUCACACAUGCCUCCACCAGCUUAUGUCCCAGAUUCUUGGUCACAUGCACCUGCUGCUCCAUUUCCUGGGUGUUGCUCUAUGUCUGGCCCACAAUCUGCCUCAAGACCAACUGGGCAGCAGGUUCCCAUGCCAAGUGGGCAGCUCACUGGUCCUGUAGGACACCAGAUCCAAACUGGAAACCAGUAUCCAAGUUUUCCCCCGCAGCUUACACCAGGCCUGCUUUCUCAGACAUCCACCAGUGCCUUUUCUGGACAGAGCCAGCCGCUUUUCCAGCCUGCACGGCUUCACUUUGGUCCUUCAAACCAGUUCCAUCAAGGACAGCCUCCAUUAAACCAACCCCAGGCUCAAAUGGGUCACGUUUUCCCCUCCUUUCCAUCCUAUCCUCAACAAAUGUCUGGAUCUUUUCAUAAUCCUAACAAAAAACCUCCUGUAUCUCAAACUAUGUCUCAGAUACCUUUCAACCAAAACCCCAUGAUGCCCUUUGCUGUCCAGCCUCAGAUGCCUCCUGGAGCUGCACCACCACCAGCUAACAUGUUUUUCCAAGCUGGACUAUCCCACAUUCAACAACAGCUCCCCCCAUCCCAGCCAGGUACCCAGCAGUUCAUGAAUACUCUGCUGAAUCCCAUGUUUCAGCCAGAGAAACCAGCUCAAAACCAAAACCUUCCACCCCAAAACAUUCCUUCCUCAUCUUCUGGACCAGCUGUUGCCCAAGUACUGGACCAUCCAAAUCCUCCUCCACUUGCUGAUAUACUCACACCUUCACCUGCUAACAUACCCAAGAUUCAGGGGAAUCAGACAGCCUCUGGGAGUAUCUUGACCCCUUCAACCAUGGAGAGCAGUGUUGUGCCAUCUGAAGGAUUCCAGAUACGGCCAUCUUCACUGGACCCUAUGACACCAGCAUCCCAUGUGUCUCCCAAUCAUGACCAUUUCCAUAAUACCCUGGAGAAGCUCAGCAUCACUAACGAGGGAGAUGGUCCUCAGCUCAAAUAAGAAAAACAUCAAACUGGUGUAAUCUGAGAGAACAGCCCCAAACUGUCUCACCUCUCAGCCACUCAGAACCGUCUUAACCUUCAGCGGAACAUUAGCCACUCAGAACCGUCUUAACCUUCAGCGGAACAUUAGCCACUCAGAACCGUCUUAACCGUCAGCCAAACAUUAGCCACUCAGAAUUGUCUCACCCUUCAGCCAAACCUUAGCCAUCAGAGUGUGUUACACUGGGCUGAGAAGAAAGCCAAAGAGACCGCUCUUAAUGAAUCAAAGCCAUUAACAGGGUAUAUGCUGGUGCAAGUGGAGGUCUCAGCCUUGCUAAAGUGUGAGGGAACACCAGAGAAUGGAGAGGUAGUCGGGUACAAGCACUGACCCACAGGGGUGGUCCAUUAGGAGAGAUCUGUUCCAUGAUCUGGACCCUGCCUGGACAUUAAAUAAGACAUUAAAAUGCUUAAUUGUAAGUGAUAACUUGCAUAAUAUUUUAAUUACUUUUAACCGUAUAAUCUUCCAUAUAAUCAAAUCUCAGUACUUAGAACUAGAAGCAUUAGCACUACAUUUGCUAACACAAGUUCAGCUUGUUCUUUAUGGCUUAUGUGCAUACACUAUCUAUCUGCAUUUCAGGUUAAAAAAACUUUCUUCACUAUGACUAUGCAAUUUCCUUAUUUUGGUUUCUUUCUAUUUUAAAAUAGCACUUUACUCCUAUUGAUGGUGAGAUGGUGAUAUUGUAUGAAUAUAAAUUGAUAUUUUUAAUUGUGAUGUUGCUGAAUACAUUUGAUAUUAACCAGAAAAGGGACACCACUCUUAACAGGAGAUUCUCUUUACCUUUGGGAUGUUUGCUAGUUUAAAAUCCUGUUGCUUUUGGGGACCAGUGGUCUUUAUUUUGAGGUUUAUAAAACUGCUCUUUAGAUCACUGACUAGGUGCCUGAAGCACUGGUAUAUAUGUGUGAUUGUAAUGUUUCUCUUAUAUUUAGUCUCAUAAAUGUAAUUUUUCAAACUCUUCUUUAGCCUUUCUGUUUACUUGUUUUUCCAGUAUAUUCUAAUAAAGUCAUUGCCCUUUAUAAA